CUCUCUACAGAUGGCCCACUUUUGGCUCAGCCUUCUUUGAAGUAAAACAAACGACUGAACCCAAUUAUCCUGAAAUGUUAUUGAUAGCUAUAAAUAAACAUGGUGUUAGUUUAAUACAUCCCGUAACAAAGGACAUUUUAAUUACGCAUCCCUUUACCCGUAUUUCGAAUUGGUCUUCGGGCAAUACUUACUUCCACAUGACAAUUGGCAAUUUGGUUAGAGGUUCAAAACUGUUGUGUGAGACCUCGUUGGGCUAUAAAAUGGAUGAUUUAUUAACAUCCUAUAUAUCAUUAAUGUUGACAAAUAUGAACAAAAAUCGUACUAUACGCGCAAAUUAAUUAACAAUUUUUUUUUUUUGAAUAAAAACAAAAAACUAAUCAUCAUCUUAUGCUAUUGUUAAAUUUUUAAUUAUAUAAAAUUUAUAAUAAUAUUCACCUUUAUUUUUCUUAAAUUUAUUCUUAAGUUUUAAAAUAUUUGGUUAUUUUUUUUUGUAAUUUUAACAUUUUCUCAAAAACUAUAUAUUAAAUAAUUUUCCAAAAAGGUGUUCUUUUAUUUCUCUAUAUGUAUGACGUCCUCCUUCUUCUUUUAUUAAUUUGAACAAAUUAAUUUUAAUGUUUAAUUUUUCCCCUUUCUUUAUCCUAAUUAACAAAAAUAUUUAAUUUCUUUUUUUAAUUUCUAUAAUUAAAAAAUAACUUAAUUAUUUAUUUGCAUAUUUAAUUUAAUAGUUUUUAAGUAAGACAAUCGAAAAAGUGAAUAGAAAACAAGAAAAUAAAAUAGUAAGUUUUAUAUAUUUAAAAUUUGAUUAAAUUAAAAUGCAGUAAAUU